AUGGAGGAGCCCCAGCAGCAGCAGCCGCAGCUCGAGGGGCGGCCCCGCAGGGUGAGGUUCAGGAUCUCCUCGGCCUGCAGCGGCCGCGUGCUCAAGCAGGUCUACGAGGACGGGCAGGAGCUGGAGCCCCCGGCCAAGGAGCGCUCGCGGCGCUUCCUGCGCCACAGCUUCGAGCCCGGGGAGCCCCUGUGCGGGCCCGGGGAGCCGCCCGGGAGCAGCGACAGCCUCUGCUGGCCCACGGCCCUGACCGCCCGCAGGAUCAGCGUGCUGCGGGAGGAGCAGCACCAGCGGCUGCUGGGCAGCGCGGGCCUGCUCCGUGACUGCCGCCCGGGGACGGGCCUGUGCGGGGCUUCCCCAGCUGUAGAUUUUGGCAAGAUCAUCAUCUACACCAAUAACCUGAAAAUCAUCCGUGCCCCGAUGGACCAGAAGGAGCUCAUGAGAAGAAUCAUCCAGACAGAGGGAAUAAAUGACUGGACAUUCGUGUACCGGGAGAAGAAAGAGCGCCUUAGUGGCGGGCAUAAAAAAGAUGUGGAGAAUAUGGUCACUUGCAGCCAGUAUGUGCAGGAGGGCGAUGCUGGGCACGGCUGUUCCCAGUGCAAGGGCUCGGGCUGCGCUCCCUGCUCGCUGUGCCACGGGAGCAAGUUCUCGAUGCUGGCCAACCGAUUCCGGGAGUCCUACCGGGCGCUGCGGUGUCCGGCGUGCGACGAGAGCGGCCUGCAGCCGUGCCGGGUGUGCGCUGCCUGA